UCCAUGCUGCCAGAAGGGCUUCAGUUACAGUUUCUACCUUUCUGGUACCAUUUGUCCCCAAGAAGAAUAUAGCCAAUAAGGGUGUUUUGCCACGGUGUUCCGUUUCUUCAUCUACGACAAAUGCAUCCUCCUCCAUCUAGACUACUACUAGCCUCUACCCGUAUAGCUAGAGAUGGUAUCAUUCGAAGCUCACAACACAAGCCGCGAAGGAAAGCUCAGUGCCUCAGGCUAAGCUCAUUCACACCUUCUUCAGGGGAAGGUUCUAUUGCUAAAGCGUACUUAAACGGGUAGUGCUUCAGGCUACGAUCAUUGACAGCUCUCUUCAGGUGAAGGUUCUAUUGGCUAAAAAACACACUCAGAAGGAUAACAUGGAUGAGCUCCACUGAUGAUGAUACGAUUGGGAAGGAACCCAAAAACCGGAAGCAUUGGAACUGGCAGUAAUUCUGAGUGAUUGCCAUCGGAAAAUGCUGCGAGUUGCUCUUAGAACAUUGAAGAAUUCCAUAAGAAGCACCCCCAGAUGCUAUGGGUCAAAGAGUUUCUGUACUAUUUCGGAUAAAAUCCCGAAAGAAACAGUAGACUGUGUUGUGAUUGGAGCAGGGGUGGUUGGGAUUGCUGUGGCGAGAGAGCUUGCAUUGAAGGGUAGAGAAGUUUUGGUCAUAGAAUCCGCUUCCACUUUCGGCACUGGAACCAGUUCACGCAACAGCGAAGUCAUCCAUGCUGGUAUUUAUUACCCUCCAAAGUCACUCAAGUCAAUUUUUUGUGUAAGAGGGAAGGAAUUACUUUACAAGUAUUGCUCUGAUCAUGGGGUUCCUCAUGAACGGAUUGGAAAAUUAAUAGUUGCCACAGGAUCUUCAGAGAUUCCCAAGUUGAAUGAUAUAUUGUGCCAUGGAAUAGAAAAUGGAGUCAAUGAUCUAAGGAUGAUGGAGGGCUCUGAAGCUAUGCGGAUGGAACCAGAACUGCAGUGUAUGAAGGCCUUGUUGUCACCAUCUACUGGGAUAGUUGAUUCUCAUUCCCUCAUGCUUUCCUUGAUGGGAGAAGCUGAGAAUCAUAGAACAACCUUCUCCUAUGAUACUACUGUAACUGGGGGCCACCUUGAAGGAAAUCAAAUUCACCUCUAUACUGCCGAAAGCAAGGAUUUUGAGAAGUGCACAGAGAACUUUCCACCGCAACCAGGGCUUGUCCUGAUCCCUAAGCUUGUAGUGAACUCUGCAGGUUUAAGUGCUUCAUCCAUUGCAAGAAGAUACAUUGGCAUUGCGAGUGGAGUUAUUCCUCCCACUUAUUAUGCUCGUGGUUGCUACUUCACACUUUCGAACACUCCGGUUUCUCCUUUUAAACAUUUGAUUUAUCCUAUUCCUGAGGAUGGUGGUAUUGGAGUGCAUGUUACAUUGGAUAUGGGUGGCCAUGUCAAAUUUGGCCCAGAUGUUGAAUGGAUUAAUGAUGUAGAUGACAUAUCCAUCUUCUUGAACAAGUUUGACUAUUCUGUCUCUGCUGAUCGAGCCCAGAGUUUUUACCCAAAAGUAAGAAGAUACUACCCUAGUCUGAAGGAUGGAUCUCUGGAGCCAGGAUAUGCAGGGAUCCGACCAAAGCUUACUGGUCCUAGACAGUCUCCGGCUGAUUUUGUUGUACAGGGGGAGGACAUUCAUGGGGUGCCUGGUCUUGUAAACCUUUUUGGCAUAGAGUCACCAGGCCUAACUUCGAGUCUGGCUAUUGCAGAAUACGUUGCUGCAAACUUCUUGAAAUGAUAUUUUACAAAGCAAUUUUUCAUGCUUAUAUAUUAUUUGCCAAAAGUUAAAUGGCACAUUACUUGUUAAUAUAUCUAUGGGAAAAAGAAGUCUAUCCGGGAGUGUACCCUGUUGUGCUCAGACACAGAGGAGGUGAGAUGACUGUCUCACCCAACAUAAAAGGUGAAAAUCCCCACUCUGUUGAUGCUUCCUUUGCACUCUCAUUGACUCAUACGCUGGUAUAGGGGCCACACUCCCAGACAGAGAACUCUUCCCCUAUAUCUAUAUAUGGUUUUGUCCAAUAAGAAUGUUCGGGCUUUUUCCUUA